UCUGAAUAAAAAAAGAGAAUUCAUCACAAAUCACAACAGACUCUCACCUCAUACAAUACAAACCCUUCGAAUCUAUGUCUCUCCCAUAACACUAACGGUACACAAAAACAAUCCCAUAGUUCUAAGCAACCGAAAGAUUAGCUCAAACACAACAAGUCGCUGACAUGUUCUUUUCUCCCCACAUCUUUUUCUCUUUUCACUCUGUUCUGAAUCUCACCAAUUAGGUAACACUUCAACCUCUGCUGAAUCGGACUCUCGCAUGUGAAAAAAUCUUUCAAAGAGUUUGCACGUACAUCUUUGUCCUUUCAGGUGCAAAGUCUCAUUCUUUUUAGUAAAAAUUUUCAAAGAUGAAAUCAGAGUUUGCAUGACCCUCCCCUGUUUUCAAUUCCUCUGUUUUGCUUCAAAAGGAAUGGACACGCUUGUGGGAUGGAUUCACUCCCCAACGAGAUUUGCGUGAAAUACCCACUUCCCUUUCGGUGAGCAUGGGUUCUCUGAAAGGGUUUCUUCACCAAAAUUGGAUCCUUUUUUGGAGUACUUUUGGAUUUUUCUCUCUAAGCUUUUGAAUACUCUGCUUUGGGUAUUCACCAAAGGCUUCAUGAGAUUAUAUGGUUCUGAUUCUUCUAAAGCAAUGAAACCGCUUUGUUCUUCUGAGUUUUUAUGUGACAAUGAAAAAGCUGAGUCAAUUCAUUCCGAGUCUGAAUAUUUUGGGGCACUAAAUGAUACUCUCUCACAUGUAUGUGAUCAAAUUGAUUCUAAUGGUAGCCAGAAAGAAGCAGAGUCCAUGGAAAAAUGUUGUUCUGAAACUGUUCAUGAUUAUGGAAAUUCUGGGCUUGAAGAAGAGGAAACAACAAAGUUGGUUUUCAAAUUUGAAUAUCAAAAGUGGAAUUGCAAUUAUGAUGAAGAACUCAAAGAAGGGUACGGUGAAAGUAGAGAUUUUGUGAAGGGGGGUGAUGCUGUUUCUGCUAGCACCAAUAAGUAUGAGUUCAUGUCAGGCACGUCUUUCAGCCACUUCUUGGAUGAACCUGAGGCUGAAAAUUUCACUGUCAAAGAAUUUUUUGUUCAUUCAAAUGAUGUUAUUCAAUUGGAAAAUCAUGUUAGCAAUGAUUUUGGGUUCUUAUCAAACAAAAAGCCAGAAAAUUGUGAAAGAGGAGUUAUAUCAGCAAAUCUUAAGAAUUUCACAGAAAAUGCACACAAAGAUGUGUCAGAGAAGUUCAAAGCUGAGGAGUUAAUAGAACAACCUGUGGAACCAGUUGUUUGCAAUUUUCUUUCCGAUGAUGAUUUUAUUUGUUCAAGUUCUGACUCAGAUUCUAUUAGCAGUUCUUUGGAGGAGGGGUUUUUGUCAGACACAGACUUUGGAACCACUACUGAGUAUGACACAUUGGGAAGAAAUGCAGCAGAAGAGGAUUUGGACUUUGGGGAUGAGAAAAGCUAUGAGAAUUUGGAUGUUGGAUAUGAGCCUGAUGAUUUUACUGAAGAGGAUGAAGAUAUAAUGGAUGAGUUUGGAAAAUUGGAAGAAGAAUGUAGGCUGGAGAAGUCUUCAAGUAAAAACUCUGAAGAUAGCAAUAGCAUCAAUUCCAAACAUGAACAAUCUGUGAAGCCUAAUUCACAGGCUUUAGCAACUAUUGAUCUUGAGGAUUCCAACCGGUUUGACACACUGUGGGAACAUCAAGAUUUGAUAGAACAAUUGAAGAUGGAGCUGAAGAAGGUCAGAGCCACUGGCCUACCUACCAUCCUUGAGGAUUCUGAGUCUCCAAGGAUAAUGGAAGACUUGAAGCCAUGGAAAAUUGAUGAAAAAUUACAGCAUGGUAGCACCACAAAUGAGCUUCCAAAAUUCUACAGGAGUUAUCGAGAACGAAUGCGAAAAUUCGAUAUCUUGAAUUACCAAAAGAUGUAUGCUAUAGGUGUUUUACAGUCAAAGGACCCACUCCAAUCAUUUUCAACCCAUAAGAACCCUUCACCAGCAUUCACAUCCAUUCUUCCACACGGCUUUUGCCUUUCUAGACGUAAAAAUACCAAAGCUGACCCAAUGAAGAAGUUCAUAAGAGAAUUGUACAGUGAUUUGGAAAUGGUUUAUGUUGGGCAGUUGUGCCUUUCUUGGGAAUUUCUUCAGUGGGAAUACGAGAAGGCCUUGAAGCUAUGGGAAUCUGACCAAUACGGAUUACUAAGGUUCAAUGAAGUAGCUGGGGAGUUUCAACAAUUCCAAGUGCUUCUCCAAAGGUUUAUAGAGAAUGAACCUUUCCUCCAAGGUGCACGGGUUGAAAACUAUGCUAGGAAUCGUUGUGCAAUGCGCAAUCUUCUUCAAGUUCCGGUAAUAAGAGAAGACAAUGCCAAGGAUAAAAGGAAAUUGAGAAAAAGAGAGGCAGAAAAAGAUGCAAUCACAAGUGACAUGCUAGUUGAGAUUUUGGAAGAAUCCAUCAGAACAAUUUGGCAUUUCAUAAGAGCCGAUAAAGAUGCAUCCAGCUUGGCACUUAAAGGUCUAAGGGAAAAUCAAGUUGAGCUCCAAGACCCUUCAGAUUCACAGCUUUUGGUGGAGAUUAGAAUGGAUCUUCAAAAGAAGGAAAAGAGACUGAGAGAGCUUUUGAGGAGUGGAAAUUGCAUAUUGAAGAAGUUCCAAAAGCAUUAUCAUGAAGAUGGGGCAGAUCAAGUGCUUUAUUUCUUCUCUCAAGUGGACAUGAGAUUGGUUUGGAGAGUGUUGAACAUGUCAAGGAUAACGACGGAUCAACUUGCAUGGUGUCGUAGCAAACUAAACAAGAUCAAUUUUGUAAACCGAAGGAUACAUGUAGAACCAUCAUUCUUACUUUUCCCUAGUUAAUAGUUAAUUCCAAAAAGAUUUGUACAUAUGUUCCUUCACAUUUAGAAGGCCAUUAUUAAAUUAGUAAAGAAUUUUUGCAUAUAACUUUUAAACAAAGAGCAAAAAAUCAGUGACCCUGAUCAAAGAAUUUUUUCA